GCACCCCUCCAUUCAUCCAUCCACUCCCUCCCCUCGUCCGUCCCAUGGCCAUGGCCUCCCCAUUCUCCCCGGCGUCGGCAGCCGCCGCCUCGCCGGCCCUCUUCGCCGUCUCCACCUCCCGCCCUAUCUCCAUCACCACCGCCGCCGUCUCAGCCCGGGCUCCGUCCAGGACCAGGAGUGGGCUCCGCCGCGGCCGCUUCGCCGUCUGCAAUGUCGCGGCCCCCUCCGCCGCCGAGCAGGAGACGAAGCCGGCGGCGGCCGCGAAGGAGAGCCAGCGGCCGGUGUACCCGUUCCCGGCGAUCGUGGGGCAGGACGAGAUGAAGCUCUGCCUUCUGCUCAACGUCAUCGACCCCAAGAUCGGCGGCGUCAUGAUCAUGGGCGACCGCGGCACCGGUAAGUCCACCACCGUACGCUCCCUCGUCGACCUGCUCCCGGACAUCAGCGUCGUGGUCGGCGACCCCUUCAACUCCGACCCCUACGACCCCGAGGUCAUGGGCCCCGAGGUCCGCGACCGCCUCCUCAAGGGCGAGAGCCUCCCCGUCACCACCACCAAGAUCACCAUGGUCGACCUGCCCCUCGGCGCCACCGAGGACAGGGUGUGCGGCACCAUCGACAUAGAGAAGGCGCUCACCGAGGGUGUCAAGGCGUUUGAGCCAGGCCUGCUUGCCAAGGCCAACAGGGGCAUACUGUAUGUGGACGAGGUGAACCUGCUCGACGACCAUCUGGUGGAUGUUCUGCUGGAUUCUGCCGCAUCCGGGUGGAACACGGUGGAGAGGGAGGGCAUCUCCAUCUCCCACCCUGCGCGCUUCAUCCUCAUUGGCUCCGGUAACCCGGAGGAAGGCGAGCUCCGGCCGCAGCUGCUGGACCGGUUCGGGAUGCACGCACAGGUUGGCACCGUCAGGGACGCCGAGCUGAGGGUGAAGAUUGUGGAGGAGAGGGCUCGGUUCGACAGGGACCCGAAAACGUUCCGGCAGUCCUACUUGGAGGAGCAAGAUAAGCUCCAGGAGCAGAUCACAUCCGCUCGGAGCAACCUCGGUUCUGUGCAGCUCGACCAUGAUCUCCGGGUUAAGAUAUCCCAGGUGUGUUCCGAGCUGAAUGUGGAUGGACUCAGAGGAGACAUUGUCACUAACAGGGCUGCCAAGGCGUUGGCUGCCUUGAAAGGAAGGGACGUCGUGACAGUGGAGGACAUUGCCACUGUGAUUCCCAACUGUUUGAGGCAUCGGCUCCGUAAAGACCCGCUCGAAUCAAUCGACUCGGGCUUGCUUGUAGUUGAGAAGUUCUAUGAAGUCUUUGGCUAGAUUGUUCUCGAGGUAAAUGUUUCUCUGCCACAAAGUAAGGCAGGAGGCCUUUUGUUCGGCUGUAAACUUUUAUAGUAACCUUUGGCGAUUCAUCCUUUAUCAAACUAUAUUCUUCAUUGUAUAGAAAACAGUGUUACCGAGCGUAAUCAUGGUGAACUUUGUUA